AUGUCCCAUCAGAUGUACGAGCAUUUGAUAGUGCAACUCUGCGAGACAUAUGGCAUCCGAUGUAUUCCAUCCGAUCGAAGAGGCUUUGGAAAAAGCGAAUGGAACACCAGUCGCAGCAAGGAUAUCACUUACGACACCUUCGCACAAGACACCAUUGACUUGAUCGAUCAGGUCAGGAUCGGGAAGUUCUUCUUCGUUGCAAGCAGCAUGGGAUGCGGAGAAUCACUUUUGGCGUACCUCCAGAUGCGAGAAGACUUACAAAAAGAAUGUCAGGGUCUAAUAUGGCUAGGUCCUAGUCUUCCGUUCCCUUUGAAGACAGAGGCAAACCCGGUGGCGCCCUCUCGAGAGCUGUGGGACAUGAUAUUGACUGGUUUCCGCCAGGAUCGCACGGGUUUCACCAGAACGGCACUCCCAGGUGUGUUUGGCGUUCCUUUCAACAUUGGCAUUGAGGUUCCGGAAACGGUACUGCAAAGGUUCGAAUGGAUUAUUGCACAAGCCGACGCAGUUGCUGUUGAGAGUUGCGUCCAAAUUAUCACGACCAGAGAUUUCACCGAUGACCUGAAGAAACUGGACGGGAAGGACGUGAGAGUUCUCGUUAUCCAUGGUGACAAUGACCAGAGUAAUCCUGCCGAAGCCACUGCAAACCUCAUUCCGACCCUCGCAAAGCAAGCCCAAGUCAAAAUCUACGAAAAGGCAGCGCACGGCAUGUACCUCACGCAUGCACCUCAGGUCACCGAGGACAUCCUCUCUUUCGUACUCGGAUCAUGA